AUGGAGAGCUUUAAAUUUGCUUUCAUUUUGAAGUUUAUGUUAAAGUUAUUUGGUAUCAUAAAUGAACUUUCAAAAAUCUUGCAAACAAAAGAUCUUAAUAUUGUGCUUGCUAUGGAAUUAGUUGAUGUUGUUAAAGCUCGGUUGGCUACAUUGAGGGAGAGUGGUCGGGAUGAUUUAUUUAUUGAUGUCCAAGAAUUUUUUUUUGCCCAGAGGAUUCCGGUGCCAAAUAUGGAUGAACAAAUACCGGUUCGGGGACGUCCAAGAAGAGAAGGGAGGACUGUCACUAAUCCUCACCAUUACCGUGUAGAGAUUUUUUAUGUUUCUAUUGACAAAAUAUGUGUGGAGGUGGAUCACCGGUUUUGUGAAGGAAGUAACAUUGAGUUGGAUCGCUUCUCAUGUCUUGACCCUAAGAAUUCUUUUUCCAAGUUUGAUGUUGAUAAGCUUGCUCGUCUUACUAAUAUUUAUCAUGCAGACUUUUUUGAUGAUGAUCGUGGAACAAUAAGGGAGCAACUUGAGACUUAUGUACAUCAAGUGAAAAGGCAUGCUUCCUUUACUUCUUAUAAAGAUGUUCAAAUUUUGGCUAUGAAGAUGGUUCAAACUGAGAAACAAUUGCACACUUUAUGA